GAGGGGAAGGAGGGCAGGGCAAGGCUAGGAUAAGAAGGAGACAUCGAUGCCUGGGAGAACAAACAGCCGAGGUUGUUGGCAAGGUUGGAUAUGGCGACAUUGCUAGUAAUGGAAGUAUUGCGUGCUGGAGGUUACAUGGUUCGAGACUGGAAGAAAGCAGCUGCCAUAACGGGAGAGUGGUAGAUAGGAACAGGAACAGGAACAGGAACAGGAACAGGGACACCAACAAGACAUGGCAAUCGAGGAAGAACUUUUGUUCUGUUGAGAACGGACGGUGAUGUGACUGCGAAGGAGGAAGAGUAUAAAGACCCUCACCACCAUCGUCAAGAUCGUCACCGUUUUCAGGUCCCCCAGCCCAACAAGCUCCUCAUCCCCGCCACUCACUUUCUUCCUCCUUCCUUCCUCCUCACUCCUCAGCCUCCGACUUUCAUCACCUCCUUCACAAUGAAGACGUCCACCUUCUUGGCGGCCGUCACGGCCCUCGCCGGCACCGCUGCUGCCGAGUCCAUGGCCAAGCUGAGAGAGCUCAAGAUCGACACCUGGGCCCGCCAGCAGGAGGUCGGCGCCUACGACAUUGAUCGCUACCAAGCCACUGCCGCCACUUCGUGCGUCAACGGCAAGGCGGGCGAGUACCAGUGCAGCAACGUCGACUUGAAGGGAUUCCUCCGUCAUCAGGACAUGGGAUCGUCGACAAGGAAGGGCAAUGACAUCUGGGGCUGGACCGCUCCCAACGGCCGUGAAUUCGCCACGGUCGGGCAAACAGACGGCACCGCCUUCGUCGAGCUUCUCUCCGACGGCUCGCUCGUCUACCUCGGCCGCUUGCCCACGCAAACCACCAGCUCCUCCUGGCGCGACAUGAAAGUCAUCGGCAACCACGUCUACAUCGGCUCCGAAGCCUCCAACCACGGCCUACAAGUCUUCGACCUCACCAAGCUACUGGACAUCGACCCUUCCUCCCCCAAAGUCUUCUCCACCUCCUCCGACCUGACCGCCAUCUACAAAGGCUUCGGGUCCUCGCACAACAUCGUCGCGCACGAGGAGACCAACAUGAUCUACGCCGUCGGCACCGCCGCCUCGGCCGGGUGCAGGGGUGGUCUUUUCAUGGUGAACGUCACCAACCCUGCCUCUCCCGUCAAAGCCGGCUGUCUGUCAGCGGGCGGCUACGUGCACGACGCGCAGUGCGUCAUCUACAAGGGACCCGACACCCGCUACACCGGCAAGGAGAUCUGCUUCAACUUCAACGAGGACACGCUCGAUAUCGUGGAUGUGACAAGCAAGUCUUCCCCGAAGACGUUGAGCUCCAAGACGUACAACGGAGCGAGCUACACCCACCAGGGCUGGUUGGUUGAUAGUAGCAUGAAGUACCUGUUGCUGGACGACGAGUUGGAUGAGUACUACGGCAACGGCAAUGCGUCGAACAAGAAGACGACUACGUACAUUGUCGACAUUAGCUCGCUUACUGCUCCUACUUUCAGCGGUAUUUACCAGAGCCCGGCCACUUCGAUCGAUCAUAACCAGUAUGUUGUUAAGGGGCUCAGCUACCAGAGCAACUAUGGGUCUGGUCUGCGUAUCGUCGAUGUGUCGAGUAUCCCCUCCAAGCCGGAUGGGUCGGGCUUGGAGCAGGUUGGCUUCUUUGACUGCUACCCUGAGGAUGACAGUUACGGUGGCCGGGCUGAGUUCACGGGUUCUUGGUCUGUGUAUCCCUUCUUCAAGUCGGGAUAUGUGCUCCUGAACAGUAUUGAGCGCGGUGUGUUCAGCUUGAAGUAUACGGGUGCUGGUGCUGCGUUUGCGUCUGAGUGAAUUGGGAGGCGGAGUGAACUGGCUGCUGUCCAGUGUUUUGGGGGGAGAGUUCGUCGACGGGUUGAAGGUUGUUUUGGAUACGUUGAAUGACUGUUACAUAAGCGAAAAGCGCAU